AGCCACUCGACCUGAGGCGGCCCCAAUCGUGUUCUUUGUCAACCCCUCCUCCCCAACGGUGUGUUGUCGCAGAAUAUCUGCCCGGCGGCUAGAGAUGGCACCUCCUCUUUCCUCUACAUAUCCGAACCACCCUGUGUCGCAAGGAUCGCCAUCCGAUAAGGAGAAUAGUUCAAGUGCAACAGGGAACACCAAAAGAAACCAGCCGCAAACGAUGGCACACGCCCGUAGAGCUAAGCGAGCUCGACUAUCAGCAAGAGACUCGAAUGUGCAAGCCACCCAGUCUCAAGUAGCGUCGCAGGCGACACGGAAUAGUGCCAAUCAGUUUUACGAUCCGGAUCAAGACCACCGAGAAAGGCGACAAGUUCGUAAGGGCCUCAGAGAUUUGACGCGGGACCUCAACGACUCUAGGAAUGAAUAUUUACAGGCUGGCAACCAUGGCCUGCGUGACACCAUCAAGAAAGCGAACGACAUCUUUGAGAAUGUCAAGCAGACUUCUGACGCAACCAUCGAUUCUCGCCUGCUUGUUCAAGCGGCUGAUCUGUCAUACAAAAAGACGGCACAGUUGGUGCUGGGGGAUGCUAGUGCAGGGAUAGAUGUGGAUGAGUUUGUCUCUAAGUGUAUCUCUUUCAUGCGCCGGGCGCCUGCGGAUUCCCAAGUUUCGAUGCCUUCCAGCACCCAACGGCGGCGCACGGGUAUCGGAAGGAGUCAGAUGGACCCCAACGACAGCGACGAGGAUCAAGGGGAUGCGAUGAACUGGGACUGGCUCGGGCGCGCUGCUUGUUUCUGCAGUAAUGCCCGACCGUCAGUUCCUGGCUUCCUGCUGGGACCGCUUUCAGUACAGAAGCGCGUCCGGCAGCAACCAGUACGAAGAGCCCGCGAACGAAUCGACCCAGCACGGGCCGUUGCACCGCAAGAACUGCAAGAAAAAGAUCUGGACAGGCAAGAAACAUCGAAUUUGACGACUAUGUGUGCCAGCAUCAAUCGACUUCUGGCUAGAACCCAAAACAACGGACAAGAUGUGGUAGAGGCAGAAUUGUCGCAGUUGCCGGAUGACCCCGACGAAGAUACGGUGCAAGAGGUGAUGGCGAGGAACAAUGUGGCCGAUGAUGGAGGUGUUCCUCUGUUCCAAUUCUGCAUUAACCCGCACUCUUUCGGACAAAGUGUGGAAAAUCUAUUCUACGUUAGCUUUUUGGUCCGGGACGGCUUGGUUGGAAUCGCGGUGGAUAGCCGGGGCAUGCCCACUUUGCAUUCGGCAAAGCCUCAUGCGCCUAGUGAGGCCCAGAGAAAGGGCAUUAAGAAGCGUCAGGCCAUUUUCACACUCGACUUUGAGACCUGGCAAGAGUUGAUCCAAGCACUCAAAAUGGAAACCGGUUCCGUCGCCGUCUUCUCUCCUGUUAAUUUGACUCAAGAAGUGCGUGAAACCAUUACCGGUCUCGGAGGCAACGUCAAAUACAUCGCAGCUCUGGAUAUGGAACAUCAUAUUCACUUGACCGCCUGGAAGGAGGCAUUCCCUGAUGCUGCCAUUAUCGCUCCCGAAGGGCUCUGGGAAAAGCGCCAGUCCAACCCCAAAACCAAGGAUUCCGCACCUUUCGAACAUGUUUUCCGCAAGGACGCCAAUGGAAAACAGAAGAUCUCGGAAGAGUUUGACGCGGAAUUCGAGACGGAAUAUGUGCAUGGCCACCCUUCGCGCGAACUUGUCUUCUACCAUCGCCCGUCCCGCUCGCUCAUUGAGGCGGAUCUUUUGUUCAACCUGCCUGCGAGGGAGCAGUACUCCAGGACUCAGGAGAGCGCCACAUCAGGUGUUUUCACCAAGAUGGUCUCUCCAUUGAUGUCCGCUUCUUCACCUGCGACUUGGCAGAAGAGAUUCGUCUGGUAUAUCCUGUCCAGUGGAGAUCGGCAGGCUUUCACCGAGUCCAUCCGCAGAAUCGACAAGUGGGACUUCAAUCGCCUGAUUCCUUGCCAUGGAGACGUGGUUGAGAGCGGCGCGAAGGGGGUUUUCCGCACCGUCAUGGAAUGGUUUCUUGCUGAUCGGAAGCACGUGUAGUACGACAGAUGAAUGGCCGGUCUAAUUCGUUAAUGUCUUACCUCCUGGAUUCCCUUACUCGUUAAUCUUUCGUCUCGUUUUCUUUCGAGGGACGCGAAUUGAGAUAUCCUGCAAACGACAGCUUGCUGUUUCGUGGUGUUUAACGCCAUGCUUUCAAUGUACCAAUAGCCUAAUAUGAAAAUAGCCAUGAGAACAGCUGCGCUGUGACUCUGAAUAAAAGCGG